GCCCAGCGCGCAGGCGCUUCGAGGCACUGUCGAAGAAUCGAGUCACUGGAGCAGAGCGCACAGGCGGCGGCUGCUGCUGCUGCUGGAGUCCCCGCCCCAGUGCGAGCGCCCGGGCUGCAGUAGUGAGCGAGCGAGCGGGACAGGCGGAGUGAGCCGCGCGCUGGAGUAGGCAGCCGAGUGUGCAGCGACGGGGCUAUGCGCUUUCCCGCGUCCCAGUGACUCCAGCUGAGAGGCUUCCGCGCCCGGGAGCCGCUUGUUUGCAGGGGGGCGGGCAAUCGGCGGAAGAUCCUGCGGCAGCUGCAAAGCCAGAGCCUGCCCGUUUGCUCUCCGGUUGCUGGAGGAGGAGGAGGAGGACGCGCGGGGGGCGCUCGCUGCCCCUGGGCUGGGACAUGUCGUCCGCGGCGGUGGCGGCUGCUUCCCGCAGGCAGUCGUGCUACCUGUGCGACCUGCCCCGCAUGCCCUGGGCCAUGAUCUGGGACUUCACCGAGCCCGUCUGCCGGGGCUGCGUCAACUACGAGGGGGCCGACCGGGUGGAGUUCGUCAUCGACACGGCGCGGCAGCUCAAGCGGGCUCACAGCUUCCAGGAGGGCCGGGCCCCGCCGCCGCCCCACGCCAAGCAGCCGCCGCUCAGCGCUAAGGAGAUCCUGGUGCAGCAGCAACAGCAACAGCUGAACCACACGGCGGUGGCGGGCGACGCGGUGCCCCGGCCCCCGCCGCAGCCCCUGGAGCGCUACCCGCUGGCGGCCGCCGCUUCCUCCGAGCGGCAGCCGCCCCGCCUGGGAGCCGAGUACGGGGGCAGCCGGCAGGUGAACGGGAUCCUGGUGCCCAACGGGUUCCCCAAGCCCGAGGAGCCGCCCGAGCUGAACCGGCAGAGCCCGAACCCCCGGCGGACACACACGGUGCCGCCCACCCUGGUGCCGCUGAUGAACGGAGCCUCCCUGCCCGCGCCCAUCAGCAUCAGCAGCCGGGCCGCCGCCGCCUCGCUGGCCGCCAUCUCCGGGGCGGCCGCCCCCAUGCAGGUCUCCGUCUCGCAGCAGCAGCAGCAGCCGCCGCCCGGGGAGCUGGGGCACAAGCGGCCCGGCUCGGUGUCCUCCAGCAGCAGCAGCAGCGCCGGCGCGGGCGAGCACGAGAGCAAGGAGAAGCAGCCGCGGGGCUCGGCGGAGGAGCUGGGGGUCGAGGGCAAGGGCCGCGGGGGAGCGGAGCAGGAGUGGCUGGGCAAGCCCAAGACGGUGCGGGACACGCUGCUGGCGCUGCACCAGCACGGGAGCCACGCGGUGCCCUUCGAGAGCAAGUUCAAGAAGGAGCCCGGCAUGGCGGGGAGCAGGCUGCUGGGGUACGAGAGCAACGGGGCCGUGGCCAAAGCAGGGGCUCGGGCAGCGAGGAAGAGGAAGCCUUCCCCAGAACCAGAAGGUGAAGCUGGACCCCCUAAGAUCAAUGGAGAGUCACAACCCUGGUUGCCAACCUCAUCAGAGGGGAUGAAAAUGUCCAUGACUGCUACAUCGUUCAUGUCCCCACCACCACCAACUGCCUCGCCUCAUUCCAACCGGACCACACCGCCUGAAGCAGCCCAGAAUGGCCAGUCUCCUAUGGCUGCGCUCAUUUUAGUAGCAGACAAUGCAGGGGGCAACCACUCCUCCAAAGAUGCCAACCAAGUUCACUCCACCACCAGGAGGAAUAGCAACAGCCCGCCCUCUCCGUCCUCUAUGAACCAAAGAAGGCUGGGUCCAAGCAGGGAGGUGCCAAGUCAGGGGACAAACAGUGCUGGGGGACUGGAGCCGGUGCAUCCUGCCAGCCUCCCGGACUCGUCUCUAGCAGCCAGUGUUCCCUUGUGCUGCACCCUGUGCCACGAGCGCCUGGAAGACACCCAUUUUGUUCAGUGCCCCUCAGUCCCUUCCCACAAGUUCUGCUUCCCUUGCUCCAGACAAAGCAUCAAACAGCAAGGAGCUAGUGGCGAGGUGUAUUGUCCCAGUGGGGAGAAAUGCCCUCUGGUGGGCUCCAAUGUCCCUUGGGCUUUCAUGCAGGGGGAGAUUGCAACCAUUCUUGCAGGAGAUGUGAAAGUGAAAAAAGAGAGAGACUCGUGACUUUUUCCAGUUCACAACCCAACAUCACCUGUAACUAAAACUGCUUGACUUGUGUAUAUAUCUAUAAAUAUAUAUAUAUCUCCAAGACAAGGGAAAUGUAGACUUCAUAAAACAUGGCUGUAUAAUUUUGAUUUUUUUGAAUACAUUGUGUUUCUAUAUUUUUUUUGAAGACAAAAGGUAUGUACUUAAAGGCAUUUCCUCUUUUUGUUAUAGCAACUAUUUGUUGUGCUUCCUUGGUGACAGUUACUGUUCAAUGUAGGCUGUGACUUGCGCUGCUUUUUUUAGAGAGCACUUGGCAAACCAGAAAUGCUUCUAGCUGUAUUUGUAUGCACUUGUUUCUUUUUAAAAUGCCAAAUACAUUUUCUGACAUUGUAAA